AUGGCGGAGUUCGUGGUCCUCCGAGACUCCACAACCCACAACAUCAUCCUUGGGAGAAAGACCAUCAAUGCUCUUGGGGCAGUGAUCAGCACAAAGAUGUUGAGGGGACUUGGAAACGGCAGUCGCUUGCGACAACACAGUCUCUCCUUAAGAAAGAAAUCCAAAGAGGCGUUAGGAGUCUUCCUCACUGACCUAGACGUCAGAGUCAACGACAAGCCUAGACCUGAGCCGGAAGGAGACUUAGAGAAGUUCAAGGUUGGCGACUCCGAGGAGAAGUUUACCUUCGUCAACAGAAACCUUCCACACCAAUUGAAAGAACCUUUAAUGGAAAUGAUCAGGGCUAACGGCGUUCUCUUUGCCUGGAUGCCAGCCGACAUGCUUGGGAUAGACCCCCAAAUCAUGUCUCAUCACUUGGCCAUUAGAACGGAGGUCAAACCAGUAGCCCAAAGGAGAAGGAAAAUGUCACAAGAAAGAGCAGAAGAGGUGGCCAGGAAGACGGCCAGUCUCCUUGAAGCGGGGUUCAUACGAGAGCUCGACUACUCGACCUGGCUGUCGAACGUAGUCCUAGUUAGAAAGCACAAUGGGAAAUGGAGGAUAUACCGAUGCACCGGCCCGACGAGGAAAAACGGAAUUCAUAACGCCAGGGGAUACAUACUGCUACAAGGUAAUGCCAUUCGGGCUGAAGAACGCGGGAGCCACCUACCAAAGGUUGAUGAGCAAGAUAUAUUCAGCAACCUUAUAGGCAAAACGGUGGAGGUAUACGUAGAUGAUAUCUUGGUAAAGACCACCCAGCCUAAUGACCUUACAAGUGACCUUGAAAAUGUGUUCGCCUCGCUUCGGCAGCAGGGCAUAAAGCUCAACCCACUCAAAUAUGCCUUUGCCAUGGAAGCAGGAAAAUUUUUGGGGUUUAUGAUAACCCAGAGGGGAGUAGAGGCCAACCCAGAAAAAUGUCAAGCAAUACUCCAGAUGAAGAGCCCGGGGUGUGUCAAGGACGUUCAGAGGUUGGCAGGAAAGCUCACAGUGAUUUCCCGUUUCCUCGGGGCGUCGGCUGCUAAGGCAUUACCAUUCUUUAAUCUGAUGAAGAAAGGGGUAGCUUUCGAGUGGACCCCGGCAUGUGAAGAGGCUUUCAAACACUUCAAGAAAAUAUUGGCAUCACCACCUGUCCUCGGGAAGCCCAAGAACGGUGAACCAUUAUACUUGUACUUGGCCAUAACGGAUGAAGUGAUGACAGCGGUCCUGGUGCGGGAAGAAGAAAAGGCCCAACAACCAAUCUACUUUGUGAGCAGAGCACUGCAAGGAGCGGAACUUAGGUAUAGUAAAUUGGAGAGGCUAGCACUUGCGCUUCUACACUCUUCCCAUAGAUUACGACAGUACUUUCAAAGUCACAAAGUGGUCGUUAGGACGGACCAGGCAAUUCGCCAGGUCCUCCAAAAGACCGACUUAGUGGGAAGAAUGAUUACCUGGGCGGUCGAACUAUCCCAGUACAACUUACAAUACGAGCCCAAGCACGCGAUCAAAGCGCAAGCCAUGGCUGACUUCCUGGUGGAGAUAACGGGAGACCCAACCAAGGCACCGAGCACCCAGUGGAAACUCCACGUAGACAGAGCCUCCAACCAAAUGUUCGGCGGUGCCAAGAUAAUCUUAGAAAGCCCCACUAGGGUCGUCUACGAGCAGUCCAUCAAGUUUGAGUUCCCGGUGUCAAACAACCAAGCGGAAUACGAAGCCCUCCUUGGUGGAUUGGUCCUGGCUAAGGAAGUCGGCGCCACAAGACUUGAAGUGUGUAGCGAUUCACAAGUCAUGACUUCGCAGAUAAAUGGGGCAUAUCAGGCCAGAGACUCGUUGCUACAAAAAUACUUGGAGAAAGUCAAGGAGCUAACCGAGCAAUUUAAAGAAGUCUCAGUGCAGCACGUCCCGAGAAAGAGAAACAUGCAAGCAGACCUCUUGUCGAAGCUGGCAAGUACCAAGCCAGGAGCGGGAAACCAAUCUCUCAUCCAAGGCCUAGUAAGAGAGCCGACAAUUACUCUCCAUAUAACAAGGGUAGGACCCUCUUGGAUGGACCCGAUUAUCGACUUCCUGGAAAGCGGCAAGCUCCCCGAAGAUGGGAAGUCGGCCAAAACAUUGAGAAGGGAGGCAGUAAAGUAUGCAAUCACACAAGGUCAUUUGUUUAAGAAGGGCCUCAGCCAACCCUUACUGAAGUGCUUGCAUCCCGAUCAAACGGAAUAUGUGCUUCAGGAAGUCCACGAAGGGUGCUGCGGCCACCACAUCAGGGGCAAAGCGCUAGCAAGAAAGCUCAUCAGAGCCGGCAACUACUGGCCGUCGAUAAUGAAGGAUUCUAAAGACUUCGUGAGAAAGUGCGUCAAGUGCCAGGAGAACGCCAAUUUCCAUAGAGCGCCGGCGGCCGAGCUAAGUUUGUUGAUGUCUUCACGACCUUUCUCACAGUGGGGAGUAAACCUCUUAAGAGCUUUCCUGGUGAUAACUCGAUUCGGCAUCCCGGACGCCGUUAUUUCUGACAACAGGACACAGUUCACUGACAAAAGGUUCGUGGAGUUCCUCGCCAGUUUGGGCAUAAAGAAAAAAUUCUCGUCUGUAGAACAUCCUCAGACGAACGGCCAAGUUGAGGCCGCAAAUAAGGUUAUUUUGCUAGGCCUCAAAAAGCGGCUUGAUAAGAAAAAGGGUGCAUGGGCUGACGAACUUGCCUCAGUUCUCUGGUCCUACCGAACGACCGAGCAAUCGUCCACGGGAAAACCCCUUUUCGACUGA